UUCCCUGAUGUUGAACGAGUGGAGUGGCUGAACAAGGUCCUUAUACAGGCUUGGCCAUACUUUGGGACAAUCAUGGAAAAAACAUUUAAAGAAGUUCUUGAACCAAAAAUCAGAGCAAAGAAUGUACAUCUGAAAACGUGCACCUUUACCAAGAUCCACUUUGGAGAGAAGUGCCCUAGAAUCAAUGGAAUAAAAGCCUACACCAAAGAAAUCAACAGAAGACAAGUUAUUCUAGACCUUCAGAUAUGUUAUGCAGGGGACUGUGAGAUUCACAUGGACAUAGCAAAAUUUAAUCUUGGAGUGAAAGGCAUCCAGUUGUAUGGGACGUUGCGGGUGAUCCUGGAACCUCUCCUGACCGACCCACCUUUUAUUGGAGCAGUGACCCUGUUUUUUAUGCAGAAGCCGCACUUGGAAAUCAACUGGGCAGGCAUGAGCAACCUCCUGGAUGUCCCGGGGAUUAAUGUAAUGUCAGACUCACUAAUUCAAGACUUCAUUGCUUCACGGCUGGUUCUACCAAACAGGAUCACAGUGCCUCUGAAGAAGAACAUGAACAUUGCCCACUUGAGGUUCCCCAUCCCACAUGGAGUAAUAAGAGUUCAUCUGCUAGAAGCUGAAAACCUUGUCCAGAAAGACAGUUUCCUUGGUGCAAUCAGGGGGAAGUCUGACCCCUACGCUCUUCUCCGCCUCGGCGCGGUGCAGUAUCGGAGCAAGACAGUUCCCCGAGAUCUUAAUCCCAUUUGGAAUGAGACCUUUGAGUUUGUUGUUCAUGAACUGCAUGGUCAGGACUUAGAAGUGGACUUGUAUGAUGAAGAUCCAGAUAAAGAUGACUUUAUGGGCAGCUUGCUUAUAAACCUGGUGGAUGUAAAGAAUGACAGAACUGUUGAUGAGUGGUUUCCCUUAAGUAAGACAACAAGCGGACACUUGCAUUUAAAACUGGAAUGGCUUUCACUGGUAAAUGACCAAGAAAAGCUACAUGAGGAUAAGAAGGGCCUAUCUACAGCCAUUCUGAUAGUCUACUUGGACAGUGCCUUCAACCUCCCAAAAAACCACUUUGAGUAUUCGAAUGGUGAAUGUGGAGCAAAGAAGAUAAAAAAUAACAAGUACCUCAAGAAGACAGAACGAGAACCCUCCUCCUUCGUCCUGCUCACGGUAGGAAACAAGACGCAGAAAAGCAAGACCUGCAAUUUCAGCAAAGAUCCCACCUGGGGCCAGGCUUUCACCUUCUUUGUCCACAGUGCUCAUUCCCAGUCACUGCACGUUGAGAUAAAAGACAAGGAUCGGGAUAGUGUCCUGGGAACUUCAGUGAUAUGUCUCUCCCACUUACUUAAGGACCCAAACAUGACUCUGGAUCAGAGAUUUCAGCUGGAUCAUUCCAGUUCAGACAGCUUCAUUAAGAUGAAACUUGUGUUGCGGGCCUUGAAUGUUGAAGAACCUGAUCCACAGAGAGUCAAGGCUGGUGUCAGUGCCUCAAAGCAAGGUCCUGUGCGUGUCACGGAGAACGGGGGAAACCAGCAGAAGUUCGUCUCCCCACCAAACUCAGAAGUCUCCAAAGCCCCUUCCGUGAACAAAGACACUGCAGGACUUGAAUCCUUGCCAAAAAAGGACAGCAGAGAAGACCUGGACACAAGUGAUAGUUCAGCAGCACCUGUAGCCAGUGAAAUUGUUGCUGCCCUCGAUGAGACGGAGCGUGAGCAGAACCCAGAGCUCUGCCUACCAUCAGCCCUGCCUGCCAGAGCCGGGGCAGUGCCCGCGCUGCCGCUCCUGCAGGAGCUGAGGCUUGCACCCAGUGUUGCCUCACUGGGUUCUCUGCCUUCUUCUUGCUUUGAAUUAAGUAGCAGCAAUCUGGACCUUCCUAACGGGACCGAGAUGCCUCUGGGGGAGAUCCAGCUGACGGUGCGUUACGCCUCGGUGCGGCAGAGCCUGGUGGUGCUGGUGAACAGCUGCAGGAACUUAGUGCCUUCUUCCAAUCGUGGAGUAGAUCCAUAUGUUCGUAUAUACCUGCUUCCAGAUAGAAGAUGGACGAGCAGGAAGAAGACUUCAGUUAAGAAGAAAACUCUGAACCCCCAGUAUGAUGAAAAAUUUGAAUUUUUUGAAUCUUUGGAAGAUGUCAAGAAAAGGACAUUGGACAUUGCAGUGAAAAACAGCAGGCCAUUCAUUUCACAGGAAAGGAAGGAGCUGGGGAAAGUGCGGAUUGACUUGUCGCAGGAGGAUUUAAUAAAAGGUUUUGCACAGUGGUAUGAGCUGACAAGGAGUAGACGCAAGAAAAACUGA